AUGUCAAGCUCGCCUAAAAUCGUCUACGGGGCAUACCCAUUUGGUUUACUUCCACAUGAGGAAGCAUCCAAAAUAGUUGAAGCUUUAAAGAAGAAUGGUAUCAAAGAACUGGAUACGGCCAGAAUCUAUCCAGGAAGCGAGAAAGCCAUUGGUGAGCUGAACUUACCUGAGCAGUUUGUGAUAGAUACUAAAGCUAAGGGAUUUACUGAUGGUAGCUUGACGAAAAAAGGAAUCGAAGAAUCAAUUACAGAGUCGCUGGGUUUACUAGGAGCUGAGAGUGUCAAUAUCUUUUAUUUUCACUGUCCCGACCGCGACACAGAUAUCAAGGAGACUAUCGAUGCGAUCAACGAAUUGCACCAGCAAGGAAAGUUCAAGAAGUUUGGGCUUUCAAACUUUCCAGCAAAGGACGUUGAGCAAGUAUACAAUUACGCUAAAAGUAAAGGUUACGUUUUACCAACCGUUUAUCAAGGUAAUUAUAAUGCCGUGGCUCGCAGAUCAGAAUCUGAGCUGUUUCCUUUGUUGAGAAAGCUCAACAUGGCUUUCUACGCAUAUUCCCCUAUUGCCGGAGGGUUCUUAGCAAGGAGCACUGAUGGUAUCAAGAACGGUGAGGGCAGAUUCGAUCCAAACACUCCAGUUAGCCAGAUCUAUGCCAAGCUAUACAACAGACCCGUACUUUUGACAGCUCUUGAUAGGUGGGGCGAAUUAGCACAGGAAGUGGGCACAUCGAAAGCUCGUCUGGCCUACAGAUGGGUUGUGCAUAAUUCGAUACUCUCUGACAAAUUUAGAGAUGCCGUUAUUAUUGGAGGCAGGAACGCUGAUCAAGUGGCUGACACUCUAGAUGCCAUUUCCGAGGGCCCUUUGCCCGCAAAUAUUGUCACCGACAUAGACAAGCUGUGGGAGAAAAUUAAGCACGAAGCACCUCUUGAUAAUUACUCGUUCUGA